UAAACCCCAAAGCAGCAAAGCAUCCCCACGAAGAAGAAACCUCUCUCACUCACUCACUCCUCAGUCCUUCUCCUUCCACACGAACCCAGCAAUCACAAAGAAGCGCAAGAACCACGAUCGAAUUCGAGGCCGGAGUCGCAAGCAAAUCCAAGAGACAACAGCGAUGGAGCCGAACAUGGCCCCGCGGCGGCUGUGGCACGUGGUGCGCGCCGUGCUGUUCAUGCUCCGCAAGGGCAUGUCUAAACGGCGGAAGCUGUCCAUGGAUCUCCAGCUCAUCCUCCAGCGCAGCAAGAUCGCCGGCAAGGCCCUCGGGAAGCUAAUCACCGCCCACGGCCACCACGACGACCAGCCCGCCGCCCAGAAGGCGCCACCACGACGACCAGACCCUUCGCUCGCCGUCUACAACCCGCACGGCGCCGGCCGCGAGGUGGAGUUCAGCUGCAGUAACACCCCCUCCUACCCGCCCAUCAAACUCAUCCCCACCAAGCGCGGGCGCCGCCGGAACAACCGCCGUACCCACCGCGGCGCCAACGGCGCCGAGCCCGGGUGGUACAACUACGACGCGGCCGACAUUGCCAAGGUCUUCGAGGUCCUCAACGACGAGCAGCUUCUGAACGAAGUCGUCGGCGACGGCGCCGGUGCGGCCGCGCUCGCCGUGUUGGCGACGCCUUCCCCCGCGCUGUGGUCGAGCUUCGGCCGCAGCCCGGCGCCGGUGAAGCAGCUUCGUAUCACUGACUCGCCGUUCCCGCUGAGGGAUGACGCGGCGGAUCAGGAAGACGGUCUCGUGGACCAGGAGGCGGACGAGUUCAUCAAGAAGUUCUACGACCAGCUGCGCAAGCAGCAGAGCCUCGCCGUCGCCACGCCGGAGUACGGGUAUGCGCGCCCAGCGACCGGCGUCGCGUACUAGCUAGCUAGGACCUAGCUACAUACCGAUCGGAGUGUCCAUAGGUGUUAGCUACUCCCCGCAUAUGUAUGAAUGUUUGGCACCAUUUUUUUUCCAAGUGUGAAGUGUGUGCGUGCUCCAGUACAUAUAUGUACGUAGAGAGCUACUAUCAUGGUCUAAUGAUUUUUCUAGCUUGGAGCUGUGAGAUUUUCCAUGCUUAAUUUGUUAGAUCCAUGCAUGUAUAUUGCUAAUAGUUUAGUAUCAGUAGCAGGUAAUUUGAACACCUUGUCAUGUGUUUGUAACUAGUACUCCGUAUGUUGUAUGCUAGCCGAUAGAUCGAGCUCAAAAGGGAUAUAUGCAACGUGUGGAUGGCUCAAUGAUCGAUCCAUGAUCCACUUGGCAAGUUUGUAACUGAUUUUGCUAUCGUAUGUGUUUCAGAAUUUGUUC